AUGCAAAGAAGAACUACUGCUGCUACUACAAUUGUGAAGGCCAGCCUUGGUCUCCAACUUCUCUUCCACUCUGUGAUGCUGGUUUAUUUGGCCUGGUCGCUCGGCACCGAGCCCCCUGUGCCCCUUGUGGUGGGUAUCCAGUUGUUGAGUGCAGUAAUCGGGGGCCUGGGCCUGGCCAUCGAGGGGCCCCUUCUUGCAGUAUGCGCUGUGAUGCAUUCGAUCUUUGCGUUUUGCAUUGGGAUGAUGUGGAUCCCUCUUUAUGCCAAUAACCAGGAGGACUGCCAACAUCACGAGUGGACGCGUUGCACCGGCAAAGAGUGGUUUAAAAGUUGGCCCUUUUACUCCUUUUGGUUUGUGCAAGUCUCGAUCGUUGCGACGGUCGUUUGCUAUCUCAUCUGCGUCCGCUGUGCGCCCAAAACCAAAGUCGCUCCGCCCGCCAAGCAACUCGAUGUCAUGCUGCAGGUCGUUGCUCAUCACGCGCAGGGGCACGUCAUGCUGCUCGACAAGGGCCAGGAUCAUUGCUGA